AUGAUUGUCUCUAAAAAGCGCUCCCCGAAAACCGUUCGCCGAAAGACCUCCUCGCGAACCAAGUCCUCCGCCACCAAACUUCUUCUUCCGGCUGCAAAGCCGACCGCUCAAGACAAGAAGAAGGACGAGGCACGACGCCGGGCUUGCCGCCCUUUCCUGAAGCUGCCCCACGAGGCUGAAGAUUGGCGCCGUCAGGUGACAUAUACCCUGACCGAGAAGUUGGGCCAAGGUGCCACUGCCCAGGUGUACCGGGCGUACAACGACGAAGGUGAAGAGUUUGCGGUGAAGGUCGUACCGAAGUACCGCAUCAUCCUGAUGAAGAAGCAGCGCUUCGAUGCGGAGGUCAAGCUGCACCAGCGGCUCAGCCAUCCCGGGAUCGUGCGAUUCCGUAGAUGCUUCGAGGAUGAUGACUACGUGUACAUCGUCAUGGAAUUGUGCGCGAACAAGUCGCUGGCCCACCUGGUGCGCGACCCCAUGAGCGAACGGCUGGUCCGCACGAACAUGAAGGCAAUCGUGCAGGCAGUCGAUUACCUCCACCGCCGCAACAUCGUCCACCGCGAUUUGAAACUCGGCAACAUCAUGGUGGACAAAGACCUGAAGCCGAAGGUUGGUGAUUUUGGCCUUGCCGCGGUCGUACGUGAAAACAAGCGCACAAGCGUUUGCGGCACUCCCCACUUUGUCGCGCCUGAAGUCAAAACCCGAAAAGGAUACGACCAGGCUGCCGAUAUUUGGUCCAUUGGGGCCAUCGCUUACAAGUUGCUUUUUGGCCGAUACCAUGAUGACAUCUCAUCAUUAUGGAUUGGCAGCGAAAAAGUGGAUUUCGCUCAGGUGAAAGACGUUGCGCUUCCGACGCACAUCGCGAUUUCCGACGAGGCGAAAGACUUCCUUGCCAGUACAUUGGCAAUUUCGCCAGCUUCUCGACCCACCGCCCAGCAGCUGCUGGAGCACCGUUUCCUGGUCGUUUCCAAGCGAACGACAAAAGAAAAAUAA